UUAUUGUUAUUAUUAGGAUAAGAAUCAUCUUAACGCUAUAAAAAUCAGGCAUGAGAAGUAAAUGACGCCAUGUUUAUGUUCUAUGUUAAUUGUGUGAUGUCUCCUUUGGUGAAGUCGCACAACUAUGUCAAACAUUCCUCUCUCUCUUCUCCGCUCAGGUGAACAGCAGCAUGUCUGUUUCGCCGGUCCCUCCUCCUCCUCCGUCAUGCCGCUUUGCUUUGCCCCCAUCCCCCUCCCAUCGGCUGCCAGCCGUCUAAACAGCUCCAGCUGCAAUCGCCGCCGCUGCUACGAGCUGCCGGCCAUUCGAUCACCCCCAUCCAGCACAAGCUCUGCCUCCGCCGGUCUGCAAGCUCACGGACCACCGCCGACACAUCCUCCAUCAUGACGGGCGUCGCGGCUGCCUCAUUCUUCUCCAACGUUUGCCGGUUCGGCGGUUGCGGGUUGCAUUUCGAGUCCCUGGGCGAGCUCAUCGUUCACAUCGAGGAUAACCACAUCGAUACAGACCCCAGAGUUCUGGAGAGGCAGGAAAUGCAGCAGCCCACAUAUGUUGCUUUGAGCUACAUUAAUAGAUUCAUGACUGAGGCAGCACGAAGAGAGCAAGAAAGUCAGAAGAAGAAAGUUCAACCUAAAAUUGCCAUAUCGGUCACCGGAGGCGUAUCACGUAACAAUACUGCCACUCCUCCUCGCCAUAGCAACGGCAGCCUAACCCCACCUGUGACCCCGCCCAUCACUCCCUCAUCAUCCUUUCGCAGCAGUACGCCCACAGGCAGCGAGUGUGAUGAAGAGGAGGUGGAGUAUGAAGACUCUGACAGCGAUGAAUCCUGGACCACAGAAAGUGCCAUCAGCUCCGAAUCGAUCCUCAGCUCCAUGUGCAUGAACGGAGGUGAUGAGAAGCCCUUCGCGUGCCCCGUUCCAGGAUGCAAGAAGAGAUACAAGAAUGUGAACGGUAUAAAGUACCAUGCCAAAAAUGGACACAGAACACAGAUCCGCGUGAGAAAACCCUUCAAGUGUCGCUGUGGGAAAAGUUAUAAAACCUCUCAAGGCCUUAGACAUCACACCAUCAACUUCCACCCACCCCUGUGAUACACACACGGCCAUUUUUUAACAUAACGUAAAUCAUGCGUAAACUGGGAUCAAACACAGAUUUUCUCACAUCUUCCUUUUAUUUUGCGUGCGACUUCUAUAUGCAUGUAGAUAUUCUUGUACAUUUGCACAUUCCAUGUAUUAUUUCUUAAGAUAUCCUUUAUUUGUUUUUUAUUUAAUUAAAUCAAAACGACUCUACUAAAAAUUUGGUUAUAAUAUUUGUCAAUCAGUGAUGAAGAACAGAUAGGUUUUUUAAUAUUUCUUUGUUUUGUUUGUUUGUUAAACAUACUUAAAGGUAUGUUGAAUCACAUGUGUGUACAUGCAAAGUGAUGGCCUAUAAAUACACAUUUAUAUAUAAAUAUAUAUUAGUAUCUAAGUUGUAUUAUCCAAACAUUUUAUUUUACAUUCUAUAUUUUUCAGAACACGUAUAUUGUUUUUAUACAAGAACUUUAUCUCAUCUUUAUAGAACUUUUUUGACAUUUCAUAUUUUGAUUUGCUUCAUAGAGAAGCGGUCUAUUAUUGUCAGAUUGGAAGUACAUUGAUCUCAGGUCACAACGCAGCUGCCAACUUUCCAAACCAACAAAGCAGUAAACAGGAAAACAUGAAAAUUCCACUCACUCCGUUACAGAACAUUCCACACAGAACCUUAGACUUAUCAGAUUUUGUUUGCAUGCGGCUGCCGUGCAUGCAGCAGCUUCCGUGUCUAAUGAAAUCCUCUGCAUGUGGCCUUUUCCAGACUGCCGCCUGGAGAUCGUGUUCAAUACCAGACAGAGACGAGACGUUACUAUCUCGGGCGUCUGGUCGCAAAUGACUUCCGGGCAAUAUUUCAUACAGUGAUCCUUGAAUGAAAACUCCGAUUGCAUUGGAAAUGCAUAGUGUACAAAGAACGGCAGGUUUUUUCUGCCCUGUAUCCCUGUUAUGCCAGCAGUGCAGAAGUGCCAAGAUGUUUUUCCCCCAUUGUUGUUAAAAAAUUUAACAUGGGUGAGCUGCCAAAUCUGGACAUCUGGCUAUCCGUUUGGUGCCUGUUAGAAAUUGUUUCAUAUACUCAGCCUCGCAGUAUUGUUUCUGUCAGUUUUAGCUUGUACGAUUCUGUCAGCCUCGUUGCUGUUGAUCGUUUAUUUACACAUUUGAGACUGUCCUCGAUUAUCAUGUCUGUGGUUGUAUUUGUAUACGAAAAAGUAUUUUUAGUAUCGUUGCCCUCUGCUUGCCUUGUAACUACGGCUUGCUAGCAUGACACGGACGCUUUUUGGCUUGUAGUCGUACUGUUACAAACUUUGUUGUCAGAAGUAUUAUAGCAUUUCUUUGUAUUGUUACUGUUAGUAUUAUAGUUUGAUAGUGCCAGAUGCAUAGCUAUGCCUGAAUAUGUUUUCUCAGUUUUAAUUCUUGAACAGUUUUGCAUCGGUCCUGUUUGUCAGCCAAAUAAGCAUACCCUGGUUUACAAAAGAAAAAGUCUUUACACGCAACUGUGAAGAGCGUGAACUAUUGUGGUGCACAGAAGGACCAAGCAAGCUUUCCUAUCCACUAACCUACGUUGGUCACAUUUAACAACUUGAACCAAAAAUGGCACUGCCCAAUUCCAGGUGUAAUGCUUGGAAUGUACAACAUGGUGUUGUCCCUUACAUAAGGAUACCAUGGCAUAGUUGUUUUUAAAUAUACCAUGGUGCUGAUCUGGUACUCCAAAGCUCUUUAUAUAAUGCAGUGGGGUUACCAGUUUAGUAUGUCUUAAAAAACAUGGUAUCGUUAGUACCGUGGUACCAUGUGGAACAUGAACUUACCAUGGUACUUUAAUGUUAGUGGUGCUAAGACUGGACAUUGUAAAGUGUUUAUGGCGUUUAGUACACAUUGGCUAUUUUCAUGAUUCUGAAGUGAUGUUAAAUGGUUCCCGGGCACCAAAAUCUUAAACACUAAUAUUCAGAUCAGUCAUAUGUACUGAUAUGAUGGAACAUUGUUUCCAGCUGACAACAGUUGGAAAAAACGUUUAAUGAACGGUUACUUGAUUUAGAUGCCAAAUACUUGAGCUAUCCAGAGCUGAAUAAAGAACGGUGUUGGAUGCCUGUCCGUGAGACUCAUCUUGUUUUUUUACCAUGUGUCAUGUUUGUAAUAUGUAAUAUGCGUGUAUUUUUAGAUGCUGUACCAGCUAUCACAUUUGUACCUUUCUUUGGCUACAGUGUCAUCUGGUCUCAGAAUGUGACACACAACACAACCUGUUCAACAUGAUUUUUGAUGGAUAGGAUCCACAUCAGUUCUGACACGUGCAACCUAGUAAAAAGUGACUGAAAUGCAUUUAUUUUGGAGGGAGUUUGAUAUACUAUAUAGUGAAUGUAUCGUAUUGCAAGUCUUUUGUAAAGUGCUUUUGAAAUUAUAUUUUCGUACUGUAUGUUUUUGUGGAAACCGUUUUGUGGAACAGAGGCAAUUUGUACGUGAGAAGAUGUGUAAUGUGUGCGUGUUUGUGCGAGCGAAUGAGAGACGUCUUUAUCCUUAAGCUACAUUGUAAACCUUAGGAGAAUGAUAAAAAUAAAAAAGCAAACACAA